AGAAAAGACAACUUAAUAAGGUUAACAAGUGUUUGCUACAAUUCUUUGCUUUUCUGUUGUUUAACUCGAUCAGCUGAUAUUCUGGACAUUGCCGAUCGACUUGGACCUCAUAUUGUGGCUCUUAAAUUACUAGUGUGCAUUAUUGAAGACUUUGAUUAUCAACAAUUUACUGAGAAUAUUGGAAGAUUGAAAAAGAAACACUCGUUCCUUGUAUUUGAAGAUUUUAAAUUUGCCGACAUUGGUUCACCUAAUCAACAAUUAUACGUUGGAGGCAUGUUUCGAAUUCAAGAUUGGGCUGACUUAAUUACUGCUCAUCUUAACUCUGGAUCUGGAGCUAUCGAGGCUUUGAUUAAAGGUGUCAAUUCGUGUGGUGGUCCAAGAGGUUGUUUGUUGAUCGCGAAAAUGUCAUUUAAAGACAUUAAAUUGGAUGAGAUUGAAAAUUGGCGAUAAAUUUCCCA